AUGAGCACACAUACGCUUACCGGCGGACAUAUUGUCAAUGCGGGCGACGUGCUGAUUGUUGGCGCAGGCCUUGCCGGUCUUUUCACUGCUCUAAAACUCAGCCCACGCCCAGUAACAGUACUCGCAGCGGCACCGAUCGGCGACGGGGCAUCAUCUGCCUGGGCACAAGGCGGCAUUGCCGCCGCCAUCUCCGAAGGCGACACACCGGAAGAGCACGCAGCCGACACAAUUGCUGCAGGCGCCGGUAUUGUUGAUCCAGAGAUUGCGCAGCUCAUCGCUUCGGAAGCGAGCGAGCGCAUUCAGGAUCUGCUGUCACUCGGUGUUCCCUUUGAUCGGGACCUGGAAGGCAAGCUGACUGUUGGGCUCGAAGCUGCCCACAGCAGAAGCCGGAUUGUUCAUGUGCAGGGCGACCGAGCUGGACAUGCCAUCAUGGAGGCGCUCAUUGCAGCUGUGCGCAAGACACCUUCCAUUCGCAUCCUUGAAGGCUUCUCGGCUUACGAGCUCGCCAUGGAAGAAGGAAAAGUGGCCGGUGUUUUUGUCCAACCAACUGGCGAUCUGGAACCUUCACCUCUUCUCCUGCGCGCUCGUUCGGUGGUUCUGGCAAGCGGCGGCGCAGGCGGGCUCUAUAAGGUCACAACCAACCCGCUGAGCUCUCGCGGCGACGGCUUUGCUAUGGCUGCCCGUGCUGGAGCUGUCAUCGCCGACCCUGAAUUUGUUCAGUUUCAUCCAACCGCCAUUGCCGGUCCACAGGACCCUGCUCCUUUGGCAACAGAAGCAUUGCGGGGCGCAGGCGCGACGCUCAUUGACGAAAAUGGCACGCGCUUCAUGAAGGCCAUUCACAAAGACGCAGAACUCGGACCCCGCGACGUGGUUGCGCGCUCCAUUGCACGGGUCAUUGCCGAAGGUGGUAACGCCUAUCUUGAUGCGCGCGAUGCUGUUGGAGCGGAUUUCGAACAAGCUUUCCCAACCGUCUUCAAAAACUGCCAGCGGAUGGGAAUUGAUCCGGUACGCGAGCCGAUCCCGGUUGCCCCUGCCAUGCAUUACCACAUGGGCGGUAUCGCCGUGGACAGAGAUGGACGCUCCUCGCUGCCGGGUCUCUGGGCCUGCGGUGAAGUCGCCUCGACGGGGGCCCAUGGCGCCAACCGUCUUGCCAGCAAUUCCUUGCUCGAAGCCGUUGUCUAUGGGGCACGUAUCGCUGAGGAUAUUCUCGGGUCUGUUGAAGCUGGUCCAGCUGCGACCGCUGCGAUCCCCGCGCUUCGUGCCCGCCGGACCCAUCCAGUCUCUAUUGUGCAGGAAUUGCGCGACGUGAUGACACGCCACGUCGGCGUUGUGCGGAAUGCCAAAGGUCUCACAGAGGCAUUGCAGCAGAUCGUUCGCAUCGAACGUGCAGCCGGAUCGUCACCUGCGCUUGUGAAUAUGGUGACAGCUGCAAAACUAAUUACGGCGGCGGCUCUUCAGCGAGAAGAAAGUCGAGGCGGCCACUUCCGGAUUGACCAUCCGCAAACUGAUGCGGCAUGGAAACAUCGCACUUUGAUCACCCUUGAUGAGGCUGAUGCACUCGCCCGCGACGUGGUCACCACGAAAGAGCACCAAAUCAAACGAGGUCACAUUCAGUGA